AUGCGGUUCCCUUGGUCCGCCCUCGGCUUAUUUGGUGCGAUCGCAUCGGCGAUCCCCCUCGCUGCCACUCACGAGAUUCACCUCGCCUAUCUUCCUACGGACGCUACCACAGAACCCAGUUCCCAAGAAAGCUCAUACCUGUCCAUCAGCUGGUCCAUGCAAGAUGGCUCAUUGUACGCCAACAACGAUCGCGUCUUCCCACCAUCCAAGUCAAUGCACGUGAAAGCGCCACGCUUCGAAGGCACACACAUCGAAGAACAAGUCCACCUUUACUACUCGUUAGAUGCGCGACCCUUAUCGAGUCAUGAAGUGGGGGCCCCGAAUAGUCUUGUGCGGGUCCGCGUGGAAUUGCUUAAUCGACAAGGCGACCCUGUUACCCCUAACAUUGUGGUACUCGAUUUGCUGGAUCACCCCGAUGGCAGUUUGCGCAUUGCCAAAAUUCGAAUUGAGCCUGGAAAAUCCAGUCAGGGAACCCCGGAAAGUGAAAAGUGGCACAUGAAGUUCUGGCAGUCUGAAGUGGGGAAUCUCUUGAAACACACUGGCACCGACCACAAACAAAACAACAAGCACUCGUCUACAGUGAACAACUCGGAAUCAAAGUCGGAACAGAAUUCCGAUUCCACUUCUAUUUCGAAAACUCAGGCAACAGCUGAAUCUGCUGAUACCGAGCCGUCUCAAUCUACCGGUCUUGCUGCGAAACCUUCUCCUGACUCCACUAUUGGAUAUAUAUUCUCGCCGUACUUCGCUCCCGCUUCGUAUUCCCACCGCUCACAUCGUCGCCCACACGGCCGGAAGAAUGAUCAUAGUUUCCUGCGAUUGAUCAGCCCGGUCAUUCUACCCGCUUUUCUGGGUGCCGUGGCUGGGUUGGUCGCUUGCUUGCUAGGUUUCGUUAUUGGCCAUCUGGUGAUGUCUGUUGCUUUCCGUUUAGGCCUUUGCCAAAAGCGGGAUGAGCGCCACAACCUGGAUACAAAGGAUAUUCAGGUGGAAGAUGGAACUUACUCCGAGAAGACCGGUCUACUUCCAGAGAUCUUUGUGACGGAGGUUGAAGAAGUCUAA